AUGGCGGAACCAAACCAAAGGCCUCAACGUAAGAUGUCCACCGCAGGAGACAGUCUAUACAAGGUACUAGGACUGGAGAAAGGGGCGUCCGCAGAAGAAAUAAAGAAGGCAUACAGGUAUAAAGCUCUCAACCACAGACAGAAGCUUAGCGAAAGACUACAGAACAGUUCAAAACCUGUCAGCUUUCUUCAUAAAAGCACCGUGAACUAAAACUAGUAUAGGCUGACCUGACGUUGCUGUUCUUUCCUAUUUAAAAAAAAAAGAAAAAAAGAUUUAUAGUAAAUCUCUACGUAUUUGCCUUCUUCUCACAGGAAACUAGCACUGAGGCAUCACCCUGACAAGAACCCAGACAACCCCGAGGCAGCUGAGAAGUUUAAGGAGAUCAACAAUGCCAACUCCAUCCUCAACGACGAGACAAAGCGGAAGGUCUAUGACGAGUACGGUUCCAUGGGUCUUUAUGUCGCAGAGCAGUUUGGAGAGGAGAGCGUUAAAUAUUACUUCCUCAUGCACAAGUGCUGGUUCAAG